GCCAGCCAAAUCCCGCGCUCCGCUUCGCAACCCCGCGCGCCGCCCCCACGCCCUCGUCGCGCUGCAUCCUGCUCCACCUCCUCGCCUUACUCCCUCAAUCGCAUCCUCGUUGGUUGGAUUUUGCUGGUUUCGCUUGAGGUGACGCAGCUGGGUUUAGUGGCUUGGAUUUUGAAUGUCGUCGUUCGCGUUGGAGGACUUCGUCGGGGAUGGGGUGCUGCGAGACCAGAUUGAGAGCCUGAUGGCGGAUGGCUGGGACGAUGUGCCCACGCUGAAGGUGAUGAGCAAGGAGGACAUGAACACCCUCCAGCUCAGCCAGCUGCAGCGGGACGCUUUAGAGCUCCGAACCUACCUCCAUGACAGGCUGCUCAUGGAGUACGCCGACACACUGGAGGCAUCGGGGAAGAAUUUGCAGGAGCUUCUGAUCGCCAAACCAUCAGAGCUCACCAAAGAGUAUAAGAUGAAGAGGGGUCAUGUAGCCAGGUUCCUAGACAAGAAGAGCAAUUCCACCAUCCAACUGCCUACGGAUCUCGUCCUCCCCGCAAGGAAGAUCACCGCUGCUCGUCACGGCGGUGCACCUAUUUCGCUUCCAAGAACGCUAACAAUGUCGCCACCUAGACAGCGACGCUCUGAGCACAGCAAUACUAGCACUGACAGCACUGACGGAGGAUCAACAAGCCCAGCGGUUAGCGACCUACAAGAGUACGAGGCACCCGUGAUAAUGGCACCUAUGAGUGCGCAGCCCCCAGUAAUCACCAAGGGAAUUUUCUCAGCUCCGGAGGCGGAAACCCGGCUUUGCGGAUUGGUAAAACUGGGAGGCAUGAAGCAGGAAGUGACCCCUCUCUCAACUCUGGAGAAGAUUCUAGUUCAAAAGCUUGCGCCGCAACAUCGCAAGGGCGUAAAUCCCUUCAGAGGAAAAGGACCCAUUCAGUUGUCUUCUCCUUUCAAAGCUUCUGAGUUGUGGGCCGACAAGCCAACCCUCAUUCUGUGCCUUCGCCGCCCAGGGUGCGUGAUGUGUCGAGCUGAAGCACACCAACUAUACUCUAGGAAGCCCAUCUUCGACGCGAUGGGCGUCCAACUGGUUCUCGUUCUCCACGAACACAUCGACGCCGAGGUGCGAGCCUUCUGGCCACGCUACUGGGGAGGAGUGGUGGUGGUCGACGAGAAGCGGGACUUUUUCAAGGCACUAGGACAAGGAGAGCUGCCCAAGGAAGGGAUUGUCACGGGGCUACUUCUCAACGGCGCAGCCAGGGCCAACCUGAGGCGCGCUAAAGCCGCAGGCCUGGAUGGCAACUACAUCGGCGAGGGCACCAUCAAGGGGGGCAUGUACAUUAUGCGUCCAGGCGAUAGGGGGGUCGCAUACCAGUUCAUCGAGAGGAACUUCGGCGACUGGGCGCCCCUGGAGGAGGUUCUGCAAGUCUGCAGCCACAUUCAGCAUAGGUAACGAACUCCACCCCUCCAGUGCCGAAGACUGCUACCGACAUCGCCCAGUACUGCUACCGACAGUGCCACAGUGGUGAAGGCGAUGGUUUUAGUACAGAAGAUGGACUUGAGAGCUGAGAUUGAGCUUGGAAUUGUUUGUAUAAUUUGCAUGGCGGCGUUGGACGAGGAUGUGCAGCCUCGUCCUCUUCAUCAGAUUAGGUAUUUCGAUUCACUUUUUCUUUUUUGUAUCCGUGUUCGUGUUCCAACUUCCUGCCACAUGUGUGUGGGUUCCAUUUCGCACGUACUUGAAGUCACUCGUGAUUUAGAGUUGUGGACCCCUCUGUUGUGUGAUCUUGACUUUUUUGGUAAGUAAUAUGAUUAAGACAUUUGUAUAUAUAUAUUUAUAUAUAUAUAUAUAUA